AUGCCGCUCUCCGGCUGCGGCGAGGGCAUUUUCCGGGGCGGAGAAGGGUGCGGGGGCGGCGUCGGAAAAGGGGGUUUGUGCGGGGGGCACCGGCAGCGAUCAGCGCUCCGGCCGUUUCCCCCUCGCGUUGCACACACCUUGCCGGGCAGCGCGGGCGGCGGCGGCGGCGGCGGCGUUGCAGGUCGUGGCCGGAACUGGCGUUUUAUCUUGAAACUACCCCAAGUUUACCCGCGUUGUCUGCGGCAACGGAUUAACACGGCGGCUCCUCUUACUGUUAUGACCUCAUUUUGGAUCUCAGCCAGAAAGAUCGCAGCAGCAGCAGCAGCAGCGGAGGGAAAAUGCGAGGCUUCCCCAGCGACGGUCGCUACGGUUUUGAUAAUCAAGACUAACAUCUUAGCAGGUCUUUGGGGACGCCUGAGGAUUUUGGUGCCUGGCCUUAGGGCUGUCGCGGUUAUGCCGUUGACUGGCCGAGCGGGCCGGCGGCUUCUCUGGGCCCGGCCGGGACACCUCGGCGCGCGGUGCUCAACCCCGGGACAGCGGGCUCUCCAUCUUGGGAGAACCAGAUACAGAGCUACCAAGGUAGCACCCCAAAUUGUCUUGAAUGUUCCUGAAACAAAAAUAUCGACUCUGGAAAAUGGCCUGAGAGUAGCUUCUGAAGAUUCUGGACUUACAACAUGUACAGUGGGACUUUGGAUUGAUGCUGGAAGCCGAUACGAGAAUGAGAAAAACAAUGGGACAGCUCACUUCCUGGAGCAUAUGGCUUUUAAGGGAACCAAGAAGAGAUCUCAGCUGGAUCUGGAGCUAGAGAUUGAGAACAUGGGCGCUCACCUGAACGCUUACACCUCGAGAGAACAAACCGUGUAUUAUGCAAAAGCUUUCUCGAAAGACCUGCCGACAGCGGUGGAAAUUCUUGCUGACAUCAUCCAGAACAGCACCCUGGGGGAGGCCGAGAUCGAGCGGGAGCGAGGCGUGAUCCUUCGAGAAAUGCAGGAAGUUGAGACCAACUUACAGGAAGUGGUCUUUGAUUAUCUUCAUGCCACAGCUUACCAAAAUACAGCACUGGGACGGACUAUUUUAGGACCCACUGAUAACAUUAAGUCCAUUAACCGCAAUGAUUUGGUGGAAUAUAUAACAACGCAUUAUAAAGGACCCAGAAUUGUCCUCGCAGCUGCCGGAGGAGUUGCCCAUGAGGAAUUGCUCGACUUGGCGAAAUACCAUUUUGGCAACUUGCCGUCCAUUGAGAAGGAAGGCGCUUCGGUUUUGCCCCCUUGCCUGUUCACCGGCAGUGAAAUCCGAGUGCGAGAUGAUAAAAUGCCUUUAGCGCAUCUCGCAAUUGCUGUGGAAGCAGCUGGCUGGUGUCACCCAGAUACCAUUCCUCUGAUGGUGGCAAACACACUCAUUGGCAACUGGGACCGUUCUUUUGGUGGUGGAAUGAAUCUGUCCAGUAAGCUUGCUCAAGCUGCGUGUCAAGGCAACCUUUGUCACAGCUUCCAAUCUUUCAACACCUGUUACACGGAUACUGGGCUGUGGGGCCUUUAUAUGGUUUGUGAAGGAACCACCAUAGAGGACAUGAUGCACUUUGUUCAGAGGGAAUGGAUACAUCUGUGCACUAGUGUUACUGAAAGCGAAGUAGCGCGUGCAAAGAAUCUCCUGAAGACCAACAUGCUGUUACAACUAGAUGGUUCCACUCCGAUUUGUGAAGACAUUGGACGACAGAUGUUGUGCUACAAUCGCCGAAUCCCAAUUCCUGAACUUGAAGCAAGAAUUGAAGCAGUUGAUGCUCAGACAAUCAAGGAUGUGUGUACGAAGUACAUCUAUAAUAAGCGUCCUGCCGUUGCAGCUGUGGGGCCACUUGAACAGCUCCCUGAUUAUGACAGACUCUGUAGCAACAUGCGUUGGCUUCGGGACUGAGCUCUCUUGGAGACUGAACAAGACCUUUGAGAGAUUUGUGACAACAGUUAAACUUUCAAGACUGGGAGGGCGAUCUCCCCCCCCCCCGUCCACUGAAUGACAGGCUCUUAAAAAAGUCACCCUGACACCGCUUGGCUUUUCCAGAACGGACACGCCUGCCCUCCCAAUCUGUCAAAUUGAACUGACAACGCAAACAGAGGCAGCCUCAGAGAGCUGCAGGACUGCCCGGGAAAAAAAAUAAAAUAAAGCAUAUUC